AUGUCUGCAGAAAGCGCGUUGAGCCUCGAUCCGACCCUGUUCGGCCCGGCAGCGAUAUCAAAUGACACGAAAGCAUUCAAUCAAUCUUUGAUGGAUAUCAUGUCCAAGGGCCCAAAGUGGUACGAGGUCGGCGCGAAAAGAUACCGUGAGAUGCGCGCGGCGGGCGAGACGCCCCUGCCCAAAGCCACAUACCUGGAAACUUCAGAACAAACGAGCAUCCCGUCACGGGACGCCGGCCGCUCGAUCCCCGUCCGAAUCCUACGACCACAGAAUGGAAAGCCAAUCCGUGCAGUCUUUCUCCACAUCCACGGCGGCGGGUGGGUGCUGCAGGAUGAGAAAUCCCAGGACCCGACGUUGCAGGACAUUGUCGACCAGACUGGCGUGCUAGCUUUUUCCAUCGGCUACCGGCUCGCUCCCGAACACCCGUUUCCCGCCGGGCCGAAUGAUUGCUACGAUGCGGCGGAGUGGCUGGUUGACCACGCACAGGAGAAGUUUGGCGUGCCCAUGGGUUUCACUGGUGGUGAGUCCGCCGGUGGACAUUUGGGUGUCCUGACUGCGCUGCACCUUUUACAACACCCAGAAUCACGGUAUUCGGAAUUCCGCUUUAAAGGUCUUCUCCUGCACUUCGGUUGCUACUCCAUGAUCUGGACGCCUUUCGUGUAUAAUUUCCGGAAGCCGGAAAUCCUGGUUUUGGACAGGGAUCUGAUGGAUCACUACGUCAAUGUAUUCCUCCCCGGAAUGACCGACGAGGAGAAACGACACCCCUCGGUGAGCCCACUGUUCGCGGACCUAGAGUCGUUGAGGGGGAAACUGCCGCCAGCGUUGUUUACCUGUGGCACGGAGGAUUGUCUGCUAGACGACACGAUGUUCAUGAGCACGAAGUGGUUGAUGGCUGGUGGCGAGGCCGUAGUCAAGAUCAUUCCAGGGGCCCCUCACGGUUACAUUAUGUUUCCGCGAGGAACAAAGGGCAGUGGGGCGGACGAGGGCUUGAAUGCAGUCGAACAAUUCGUUUUGUCAAAAGUUGGGUAG